AGUGUUCUUUGGAUGCAUAUAAAAAGCCAGGACAUCUCAUGCCUUUCCAGGAGUAGUGAAAGUGCAAUUUUAAGCCCUGUACUGUACAUUGCAGCAUACGAAAACGACCGUAACCUCCAAACAUGUUGACCAGGAAUAUUAUCAUCUUCUGCACACUAGCAGUGCUGCUGGCCGAAGCGGACCUGGAUGCAGCUAACGGAGGUCUUCAAGCCAUGUCCACAGGAACAGAUCAGGACUCCACCUCUGAUGAGGCUCCAACUGUUAUGUCCUUUAUGAUUAUCCUCACAGAAAGCAUGAACUCUGUGUCACCUGACCAGCCCAAUGGUGAGCCACAGCUUUAUAACGGAGCCACAGCUGAUGCAAGCAGCACAAGUGCAGAAGCAGGUCAGGCUGCUGGGCCUCAAGUCAAUGAUGUGACAACAGCUGAUGCCACAAAAUCCAGCACUGAAGAACAAGAUGAGAAUGAGAGUCCAGAGUCAGAGGAAGUGAUGAAGGCAGCUCUGGUGCAGCGUGCUGCUAAAUCACAAACUCCAAACCAACGCAAGCGCAGUAAGCCUGUCAUGGCCUCCAAGAAGAGGAUGAGACCCCUUCGCUCAUGAAAAUAAUAGGCUGUGAAGUACACACAGGGAGGAUGCAGGACUGUGAGAUGAAAGAAGAAAGACGCAAUCCUGUAUUAAGUGGCAUUUUGUUGUUUUGUGGCUUUAUUUCAAUAACCAAGAAUUAGAUGUAAUUCUGUUACGUACUGUACUGACUGUUUUUGUUCGUUUGCUUUUGUUUGUUGUGAAACUAGCAUUCAGCACAGAUUUGAGAGUCUCCAGGGUGUUUCUGCAUUAAAUCACUCUACAAAUACGGGACAAAGCGUGUCCGUCAGGGCUUUAUUCAUUCACAACACAGCCAACAUCAUCUCACAUUGCAAUCAGGAUUUUAGGCUAGAAAUCUAUUUCUGAUUGAAGCAAAGUUCUAGGUGUUCAUUCUACAUUUCUCAUCAGGAAAAUGGUAAACAUCUCUCAGAAGCCCAGACUUGAUUAUGUUUUUUUCACUGGUGCUGGUUACCUGAAUACUGUGUGUUCAGACUAGCCAUAGCGUUUUAAAGAGCAGUAGUUAAAAUGUUUUUUUAAAACCAUUGCAAAAAAAAAAUUGCAAAAGCAUGCUUUCAACACAAACUCAGUGUUUAAAGUGUUUCUUUCUUUUGUCAUAGAGCAGUAUUUAUCAUUAUUAAAUAUCAUUUUCCAAUAUCAACAAUAAUGAAUGUGUUAUUCAUUAAUAAUUCUUUCUG